AUGGACCCUUCCUUAAAAGAGAGUUUGGCGGAUGUUUUUUUUUCCCCCAACAACUUCACUACGGCUUCAAUAAAUGCACUGGAUAAAUGCUGUGAUAGAGUUUGUUUCUCCCAUCAACUAGUUGAAGGCAAAGCAUGUGUAAGUUCCAAAUCUUGUAUGGAGUUUGAGUUGGUUUUGAUUAUGGCGGGAAGAGAGGAUUGCAUACUUCCGGAGAGUGUGAUUUAUGCAAUGGAGAGAAAGAAGAUGCCUCACACGUUCUUCAAGAUCGUGGUGCAGUCAGACAAGUUUGGGGAAACGUUAUUUUUCCUUCUAUGCAUGGGUCGUUUUUCCAAGCAGAUUGGUUUCUUGGUUGAAUAUUAAUAUCAGAAACAAGUAUGCUCAGGUGUUUGGUCGAUGGUGUGAUUUUUUUGGGGGUUAUUUGUUGGCUUUUCUUGAAAGAGUACAUUAAAACUCAACGGAAGUGUUAUCGUCCUUUGAAGCUGAAGCGAAGGGCAUCCUGCGUUGCAUGAGGGAGGCUGCCUCGCAUACACAUGACGUGAGGCAUCAGAUUAGGCUUCAUGAUGGAAUGCAACAAGAGAACAGGGGAGUGAAGGUAUGGGCAGAUGGUGCCUUCUCUCACAUCAAUAAAGCUGUCAGAAGUGGGGGGAUCUUGAGGAGGGUGAAUGGGGAGAUGGUCGAGGCAUUCUCGUUUCGACUUCAGGAUGGGGAUAGCUUCGUGGCUGAGCUGUGGGGAUGCUUGAUGGGGCUUCGAAGGGCCUAGGGUGGAGAAUUCCGUAAUGUGGCAUUAUUCUGAGAGAACAUGGAGGUUAUUCAAGCUGUCAAUUCUGAUGACCAUGAGAUGCACAGGGAUCGGGGUCUGAUUGCAGAAAUCAAGCAGAUGUUUCAUUGAGAAUGGCAGGUCCAACUUCAGCAUAUUGACCGUGAUGAGAAUGCAUCAGCUGACUACUUUGCCGAACAUGCAUUCAGCCACAAUUUUGAUCUACACGUCAUCCCUGGAAAUUUGAUCUCGGAACUUCUUCAGAGAGACGGAAUUACAUAGGCUUGGGCUUGUGUCGUAGUUUGUUUUGUUUUGUUUUUUCUAUUUCCAUCUUAUCAAACCAAAAAAAGAAAAAAAUACAAAUAUAUUGCACCGGAAUUAGAACAAAUUUAAGGCUUUUU